AUGUCCGACGACCUCGAGACAAAGUCCAACGCCUCGGUGGCCCUCGACGCCCCGGACGCCGCUGAUGGCGUCGCCGUCGAUGCUCCCAAGAAGUCGCUCGACCUCGAAGCCGAGCUCGCCCAAGCGGACGCCACCGACGAGGCCGAAGUCCCUGUCGAGAAAGUGAUCGACGCCGACGCCCAGGAACCCACGGACCCCAUCCCGGGUGACAAGUCUGCCGCCCCCGAAGUCGAAGGCGAGGCUUCCACCGAGCCGGAUCAAUCUGUCGAUGACACGGCUGCCCCCGCGAAGAUAGACACCAAGGUGAACGGCGUCAAGGAGAACGCGAAGCCCAUCGAGGCGGACGAGCCGAUCGCUGUCCCUGCGAAAUCCCCAGCACGCGCCAGGGCAGCCGCUGCCGCCGCCGCUGCGAAGGAUGAAGCCUCCAAGCCCAACGGUAACGACGUCGACAUUGCCGUGGUCAAUGCGCUGCGUGCUGAGCUCACUUCCGCGAAGGAGGCGAGAGAUGCAGCUGUGUCUGACGUGACUGCUCUGCGCACGGAACUCAUGUCUGCUCAGGAAGCGGCUCAGGAGGCGGCCAAAGCCGUGGCUGCCGCUCAGGCUGCCGAAGCCGACAUUGGAACCUUAAGGGCCGAGCUGCUUUCUGCCAAGGAGGCGAAAGACGCCGCCGAGUCCGAUGUCGGCACGCUUCGUGCAGAGCUUGACGCUGCCAAGGAGGCGAAGGAAGCGGCCGAGGCUCGUGUGGAGGCCCUCGAGUCCGAACUUCAGCGCUUCAAGGACGAGCACGCCUUCACCGCCGCUGCCAAGGAGGCUGUUGAGACUCAGCUUCGUGAGCAAACUACCAAGCGCGAGGCUGCGGAGGAGAAGGUCGAGCUGCUCCGCGGACAGGUGGAGGCUGCCCGUCGUACUGUGAUGCAGCUCCAGAAGCAGGACCAGGAGCGUGCCACCCGCCGUGUCUCUCAGGCUCCUAGUGCGAUCGAGGGAUCCGGCGAAGACGAGGAGCGCAAGAACAAGCGUGCGAGCCUGUACGGGGGCGUGCGGGCACGACCGAUUUCCACGCAGUCUGCUGCGACGACUGCCGCCAGUGAAAGCGAUGCUCCCUCGACCGGUUCCGGCCUGCGGGAGCUUCGUCUCGGAUCUGGUCACGCUCGCGGCUCAUCCAUCGCUUACAAGGGUGCACCCCCCAAGUCGCCUCUCGGCGAGAAGCCGAUUCCUCUGCCUCGCUCCCCCAUGUCCCAGCCGGCCGAGAGUCACUUAGACGUUCCUGCUCAAUCGCCUCCCCCGACCGACCGCAAACCUAGCGUGUCCAGCCAGCGAUCAGACUCGGGUGACAUCAUGAGCGGAUCGCCCUCCAUCGCCAGCUCACUUGUUCAUGUCUCGACCACUUCCGAGCCCGACUCGACGCUCCAAGCCGAGCUUCAGGCUCAGAAGGACGAGGCGGCUGCCAUCCGUGCGCAAGUGGAGGUGCUCACGAUUAAGCUGUUGGAGAGCGAGGAGGCUCGCGAUGCGAGCGAGACGUGUCUGCGCUCAUUGCGCGAGUUCAUGGCUGGCGGAGACGGCGGCGACGGUGGAGACGCCAUGCAGGGACUCAAGCUUCCGCCUCUGCCAACGGAAGACGACCCGGACGAUGGCCCCCCACCACCUGAACCGGAACCGGUCGUCGCUCAGGCAGAGCAGAAGCCUGAGCAGACAAGCCGGUGGGGUUUUCGGCUCUGGCGCGGAGGUGAGGCCGCGCCCGGAGCAGAAAAUGCCUCGCCCAGCCCGUCGGUAGCGCUCGCCGCUCCGGUCGUGGCACCCCUGGAAAGGACUAUCUCGUAUACGCCUUCCCUGCCGCCUGCUGUGGUCGCCAGUCCGGAACCCAUGGCAGCUGCGGUUCACACAUCUCCCAUUCCUUAUUCCUCUCGCUCUCCCCCGACUUCUCCAUCUCCGCCACUCCCUGCGCCAGUUCCUGCUGAGGAGCUCGCGCCUCCCAUCCCCGAGCGACAGGCCAUCACCGCUUCUCCCGAGCAACAGGCACUCUCUCCGCCACCUCCUCCGCCUGAAGCUCUCUCUGCUCCAUCUGCUCCAAUAGAGGCUCCAGCUCCUGCUCCCCCGCCACCUCCGCCAAGACGACGAGCGGCAUCUCGCGCUGCAAGCGUCGCAAGCUCAACCGCCGACUCGAUCAUCAACCCAUCCGAGUCGAUGCCGACUCCUCCUAUCCCCACGGCACCUCUGCCUGUAGUGGCUGCCACCCCUGCUCCUCCUCCACCGCCGCCCCGUGCCCCGAGACGGCGGGCCUCCAAGCCCAAGACACCGAAGAAGAGCUACACAACCCCUCUUCCCGUCCCGACACCACAGCACGAUGCGACCCCGGCGAACCAAAAGUCUGGCGCCUUCGGCUUCAUGUCCAACUGGCGUUCGUCCCCAGCUCAACAGCAAGAGCCAGAGCCAGAGUUCGACCCAGAUCAACCCCUCAACCCCGACGGCGCGAAUCUCGACCGUUCGCUGACCUCGUUCUUCGUCCGUGCCAAGCGAUUGAAGAAGCAGCCACCGAGGCCGCUGGCUCUCGACAACAUCAGUUCCUUGAACCAGGCUAGGGCUGCUGAGGCUGCGGCAGCGGCAGCCGUUGCCGCUCAAGAGCGUGGUGGUGGACACGAGGCAGCGGCAACGACGAACAGGCAUGUGUCUCAAGCCAGUAUCGGGAGCUUGAACACUGCGUCGAGCAUUGUGUCGUCGACGGAGACCGCGCCGGUCGUGCAUGACUUUGAUGAGGUGCCGUUGUCGAAGGCGGCCACUGCAGCUUUCAGGCCAAUGGUGCGCACACCACCCCGGUCACCGAUCCACCCUGCAAGGAGUCUGUCGCCGGUCCAGCAGAUCGCUCCGCCGCGCUCACCUUCGCCCGUUGUUGUUCCUCGCCCUGAGUCCCCUGUCGCUGUCGCCCGCUCGCCUUCGCCCGUUCACAUUGAACGACCGUCUGCCCCGACUCCUCUGGCUGCUCGUUCGCCUUCGCCCGUUGAGGUGGAGCGUCCGUCGGCUCCGACUCCUUUGGCAGCUCGCUCGCCGUCGCCCGUCAUGGUUUCCCCGCCUCCAGUUGCAUCGUCGAUCAUCACCCGCUCGCCUUCGCCGGUUGCUCGUCCACUCUCUCCAGGUCUCCGCUCACCUUCCCCUCGUCCGCGGUCCCCUACCCCGCCGCCGUUUGAGGAGACGAUUCCCUCAGCCGCUCCCGAGCGUGCGGACCCUGUACGCACCGAGCCUGAAUGUUCGCGGCAAACUCCGCCCCGCGAUGCGCCCUCUUCCCCUGGGGCUGACUACGAGACGAUCAAGGAUCGCGAGGCGUUGGUUUCGUCUGUUCCAGGCAGCGCCGUGCAGAGCCCCUUCGAUGCCUCGGACACACCCGUUCUUCCGACACCGCUACCGUACCCCGAGCGACCAGCAUCGAAAAGCGAGGAGCGGAGACAGCCCGAGGUUCAGACCGAGCCGCGGGUUGUCUCGAAGCCAGUGGUAGCGGCGCCCGAAUCGGCACCCGCUCCUGCCCCUGCGCCGGAGACGCCGGCCAUGACUCAGACGCCCGAGAUGGCUGCCCCCGCCGGCUUCACUCCGUCCCAGCUGCCUACGCCAAAGCAAGGCCCAACAGCGCGCGCUCCCGCUCCGAUCGUGGUCAAGAAGCUGUCCCGGAACUCGCCUGCUUCGCCGGAGUUGCUGCUCAGCCCGCAGAGUCCAAAGUCGAGCCCCAAGCCCGCCGUGUACAGCCCGACGAGCCCGAGCGGCAGCAUAAUGGACCGCCCUCGUCCUCGGGCCAACCGUGGUCCUUCGUACGAGUACGGCGCUGCUAUCACUCGCGUGAAGAGCCCUCUCAGUCCGCUCAGCCCGACCGCAAGCAGCAGUGGUUUCUCGAGUCCAGUCCGAGGUGGCUUCUCCAGCCCUGUCAGGGCCGAGUACAAUACCGAGCGGACGCCCCGCUUUCUUGGCUUUGACACCUCGAUCCCUGUCGACGAGAGAGGUGCCCGCGGUGCACCGAGCCCCAGUCUGUCAGUGGAGCGGUCGCCUCGCUUGGACCCGACGCCGUCGUCGAGGCUCAACUCGCUGGAGGCUCCGCUGAGGUCUGCGACUUACGAUGCGCCGAGUCCCGCGCCCUCCUCUACGGAGUCGGUCGUGCAUCGACCAAGACCGAGGCGCGGCAGUUCCCUUUCGUCUGCCUCGACACCAGUGGUUGUCUCUCGCGUGACUCCCAGUCCGGUGCACCAGGCCCCGAGGAUGGACUCUGUGUGCUCGGCGUCCGGAUCAGCGAGGACCUCGAGCCCAGUCACAUCGCCUGAUGUCUCGACGAAGCCCCUCAGGACUAGGAACGACGACGAUGACGGGUUAGCUUCUAUCGGCAAGCUUCUCGCUCCUGGAGCCAUCAACCAGUCGAACAGUUCUUUGUCCAAUUCGUCCGGCGCCGGGCCUGAUGAGGAGGAGUAUCUCGAGGACGACAAUGGCAGGACGCCCAGUCCGCCCGAGGAGCCGGUCACUCGCCGCACGCCGAGCAGUGGUCCUGUCCGACCGCCUCGACGAGUGAGCUUGUACAGCUCUGACGCACCUCCGCCCAUCACUGCGGGACCGGCUUCGGCCCCUGUCCAGGACCGUCCCAUUGCGCCUGUCGCAGCAGCGCCUCCUUCGCCUGCUCAGUCGGUGACGCCGAUCAUGAUGCACUCGCACUCGCGCAACCUGUCGGCUGCCAACUUUGUCGACCCCGCCAUGCUGGCCCACGGCGCUGCCUGGGCGCCACUGAGUCCGCGACGCCCCAUCGAUGCGGUGCCCGCAAGUCCGUUGGCUGGAGCGCUCACACCGGCGUCGCCGUCGACUGCAUCGGUGAUCCCCGGUCUGUCCGCGAGCAACUCUCUCAGCACGGCGAACAGCUUCUCGCGUGGCGCCUACAAUGUCGGCGACCACCUGCCAACCCCAGCUCACCUGAUGCGGCCGUCAAAUGUCCCGGGCAACCACGACAUGCUCAGUGUCCCCUGGGCACGACGUGCGCCUUCGAUCUCAUCCAUCAACUCGGUCUCUGACGAGGGCCACGGCCUGUCCCGGAUCGGUAUGAAUCUGCAGGCUCUGAACCUGUCGCCAGUUCCGGGCAACUCGAUGCUGAACGCGGACAUGAACGUGAACACGGCGGGCUUGACGAGGCGCGAGACGAAGAAGCUGAGCCGCGAGCGCCGAGCUUCGUUUGGACAGGAGCGUGCCUGGAACGACAACCCGCGGACAGACUUCAUGGCGCUGGCACAUGCUUACGGGCUUAACAAGCCACCCGAGAUGCAGCAGCAGCACCAGCCGCCGAUGCAGCCGCAGCAGGUGCCUCCAACGCCGCCUGGCGUCUCUCGCGGUGUGCGACUGAGCGACGACGGACCGACCCCUCUCCCCAGCGUCGCUGCUACGCCUACGCGCGGCGUGCGCCUCAGCGAUGACGGCCCCAUCCCGCCAGCAAACGUGACUACUCGCGGCGCCCGACUGACCGACAAUCCCGUCCCGACUAUCCAGAUGCGCCCGCCCGAUAACCCGAUCCCAGUGCCUCCUCGCAGCGCUCUCCGUCCCGCAUCCCAGGCGAUCUCUAGGGAGGACAGCGUCGGGUCGUUUGAGCGGCUGCGCUACUCGACCGCCUCGACGGAGACGGAGGAGCACAGCAACUACGUCCUUCCUCCGCGCAUGCGUGCCCUCGGCCCCCCGAUUCCCGCCAGUGCGCUCGAGCAGCCGCUCCCGAUCCGGACCCUCGGCCCGCCCAUGCCCCUCGCGCCGCCGAUGGAGAUCCCCAUCCCGCCGCGCGGAGCGUACGACCAGGGCCCAGCGAGUGCGCCCGCGAUUCCGCCGUCUCCCUCACAGCAGGGUGCGCCGAAGGGCGUCCGCCUAGUAGACCCAGGCAACGGCCACGUCCCGCGCCGGGGCAGCGAGUCGUCGAGCGUCAAGCCGGUCGUGCGUCCGCGGCGUCCGAGCGAGACGGGCGCGAUUCUCCCCCGCGUCGCCCCCGGCCCUGGGCCCGGCUUCACUUCCGGCACGCAAGCCCAGACCGGGUUCGGAUUCAACCGUCCCCCCGCCGUCGCGCCGCUCGACCUCAGCGCCCCAGUUGCGCCCUUCAGGCGGGCCGAGGACCACGAUCUGGCCAAGGCACCCCCAAGUCCGACGCGGCACACGAUGACGCUGAAUGCGCUGUUGGGCAACAGUGCGCAGAACUCGCCAGUCAACUCGGCCUUCUCGAGCUUGACGGGUAGUCGAUCGCCUCCGCCUGUCCCCUCUGUGCCCACCUUACCCUCGGCGUCCGUACCACAACAGGAGGAGAAGAUGGAGGUGGUGCAGGACACGCCGAAGCGAAACGAGGGCCCAGCCCCCGUCCGGCCCAUGCGAUCGGCGAGACGCACGCAACAGGGCAGCAUCAGCGGGUUCUCGGCCGUGAGUGCCGUCAGUGCGGUGAGCGCGGUCAGUCAGGCGAGCAAUGUGAGCGGCAACUCGGCGCGCAGCAGAGGUGGAUACAUCUAG